ACCCAUCCCGCCCCGUCCGUUGCCGGCGGGGAGGCUGCUUCUCUCCGAGUGAAGACAAGAUGACCUCUCUGUCCUUCCUCUGGAACAGCUGAGAAAGCAACAGCUCCAAGAUGAGAACCACGAAGGUCUACAAACUCGUUAUACACAAGAAGGGCUUUGGGGGUAGCGAUGAUGAGCUGGUGGUGAACCCCAAAGUCUUUCCACAGAUUAAACUGGGAGACAUUGUGGAAAUUGCACACCCUAAUGAUGAGUACAGCCCUCUGCUAUUGCAGGUGAAGUCUCUUAAGGAAGACUUACAGAAAGAAACAAUUAGCGUGGAUCAGACAGUAACUCAAGUGUUUCGACUGAGACCGUAUCAGGACGUUUAUGUGAAUGUUGUUGACCCUAAGGAGGUGACACUUGACCUGGUGGAACUGACGUUUAAGGAUCAGUAUAUUGGACGAGGUGAUAUGUGGCGGUUGAAGAAAAGUUUGGUUAGCACGUGUGCCUAUAUCACUCAAAAGGUGGAAUUUGCGGGCAUUCGGGCACAGGCUGGUGAACUUUGGGUUAAAAGUGAAAAGGUCAUGUGUGGGUACAUCAGUGAGGAUACACGGGUGGUGUUCCGCUCAACUUCAGCUAUGGUCUAUAUAUUUAUUCAGAUGAGCUGUGAAAUGUGGGAUUUUGAUAUUUAUGGGGACCUGUAUUUUGAGAAAGCUGUGAAUGGUUUUCUUGCUGAUCUCUUUACUAAGUGGAAGGAAAAGAACUGUAGUCAUGAGGUCACAGUGGUGCUAUUCUCUAGGACCUUCUAUGAUGCAAAAUCAAUAGAUGAGUUUCCGGAAAUACAUCGAGCUUCAAUUCGACAGGAUCAUGAGGGCAGAUUCUAUGAAGACUUUUACAAGGUGGUGGUUCAGAAUGAGAGGCGAGAAGAGUGGACGUCCCUGCUCGUGACUAUUAAAAAACUCUUCAUCCAGUACCCGGUGCUGGUACGAUUGGAACAGGCAGAGGGCUUUCCUCGAGGUGACAAUUCUACCUCAGCUCAAGGGAACUACUUAGAGGCCAUCAAUCUAUCAUUCAAUGUGUUUGACAAGCAUUACAUCAACCGGAACUUUGACCGGACUGGGCAGAUGUCCGUUGUUAUCACGCCUGGGGUUGGAGUGUUUGAAGUUGACCGGUUACUCAUGAUUCUGACCAAACAGCGCAUGAUAGACAACGGAAUUGGUGUGGAUUUGGUGUGCAUGGGGGAGCAACCACUGCAUGCUGUGCCAUUAUUUAAGCUUCAUAAUCGCUGUGGUCCCCGGGAUUCCCGCUUAGGAGAUGACUAUAAUAUUCCUCACUGGAUAAAUCAUAGUUUCUACACAUCAAAGAGCCAGCUUCUCUGUAACAGCUUCACUCCACGAAUCAAACUGGCAGGAAGGAAGCCAGCUGCAGAGAAAGCAAAAAACGGCCGAGAUACCACUCUUGGGACUCCAAAGGAAUCUGAAAAUGCUCUUCCCAUCCAAGUGGAUUAUGAUGGCUAUGAUGCCCAAGUGUUCAGAUUGCCUGGCCCAUCACGAGCCCAGCGCCUCGUCACCUUCAGGUCGGUGAGGGAGCGGGACCGGGAAUGCCACACCCGGAAGAGCUCCAGCUCCUACGACGUGUCGUCCAGCCCUUCGCUGCAGAGCCGCGCCCUGCCGGCCGAGGAGGUGAGGAGCCAGGCCUCCGACGACAGCUCCUUGGGAAAGAGCUCCAACAUUCUCAUGAUUCCCCACUCUCACCUGCACCAGUACGAAGUCAGCAGCUCCUUGGGCUACACCAGCACCCGAGAUGUCCUGGAGAACAUGAUGGAGACGCAACAGCGGGACUCCAGUGCACCAGGGAGGUUCCACGUGGGCAGUGCGGAAUCCAUGCUGCAUGUCCGUCCUGGUGGAUUCACCCCUCAGCGGGCUCUCAUCAAUCCCUUUGCGCCAUCUCGCAUGCCAAUGAAACUUACUUCUAACAGAAGACGCUGGAUGCACACCUUCCCCGUUGGUCCAUCCGGAGAAGCCAUUCAGAUCCAUCACCAGACUCGCCAGAACAUGGCAGAACUUCAAGGCAGUGGGCAGAGGGACCUGACACACUCUUCUGCGGAGCUGCUGGAGUUAGCGUAUCAUGAGGCGGCUGGCAGGCACAUAGCUUCUCGGCAGCCUGGUGACAGCUUGUCCUUCCUGAGCUUCAGUGGAACAGAAGAAUUUUCUGUCAGCCUUAACAACCACAGUGCAGGUAUGAAUCCUAGGACCCAGAACAAGGACUCUGGAGAAGACAGUGUAUCCACCGAGCCAAUUCUGACGCUGUCUGCUCCCCCUGUAGUGCCAGGCUUCUGUUGCACAGUUGGAGUGGACUGGAAGUCUCUCACUACCCCGGCCUGCCUCCCCCUCACUACGGACUACUUCCCGGAUCGCCAGGGCCUGCAAAAUGACUACACCGAAGGCUGUUACGACCUGCUCCCGGAGGCAGAUAUUGACAGGAGAGAUGAGGAGGGUGUGCAGAUGACAGCUCAGCAAGUGUUUGAAGAAUUUAUUUGCCAGCGUCUCAUGCAGGGCUACCAGAUUAUAGUUCAGCCUAAACCACAGAAACCAAAUCCAACCGUUCCACCUCCACUUAGUAGCAGCCCCCUGUAUAGUCGAGGGCUUGUGUCUCGUAACCGCCCCGAGGAGCAAGACCAAUACUGGCUGAGCAUGGGUCGUACUUUUCACAAAGUAACGCUGAAGGAUAAAAUCAUCACCGUCACCCGGUACCUACCCAAGUACCCGUAUGAGUCUGCCCAGAUCAAUUACACCUACAGCUUGUGUCCCUCCCAUUCAGACUCCGAAUUCGUCUCUUGCUGGGUGGAGUUCUCCCACGAACGACUGGAGGAGUAUAAGUGGAAUUAUUUAGAUCAGUAUAUCUGCUCUGCUGGCUCUGAGGACUUCAGCUUAAUUGAGUCUCUGAAGUUCUGGAGGACCCGCUUCCUGCUGCUUCCUGCCUGCAUCACCGCCACUAAGCGCAUCACCGAGGGCGAGUCACACUGUGACAUCUACGGGGACAAGCCCCGCUCUGAUGAGGAAGAGUGGCAGCUCUUAGAUGGCUUUAUCCGUUUCAUGGAAGGCUUGAACCGGAUUCGUAGGCGUCAUCGAUCAGAUCGCAUGAUCCGGAAAGGGACCACUAUGAAAGGCCUGCAGAUGGCUGGCCCCAUCUCCACCCACUCCCUCGAACUCCCUGGACCACCAGUGGGGAAGAAGGGAACCUCGGCGCUCUCUGCCUUGCUGGAAAUGGAAGCCAGUCAGAAAUCCCUGGGAGAUCAACAAGGAGCACUGCAUGUUGGAAAGAAUUCUGUACAGUCAAUGGAGAGUAGCAGUAUUGCUAUCACACCCACUUACUUGGACAGUCCUCGCAAGGAUGGGGCCUUCUUUAUGGAGUUUGUUCGCAGCCCACGUGCCGCCUCUUCCACCUUCUACCCACAGGUUUCAGUGGACCAGACUGUUCCUCCCAGCUUAGAUGGCUCCAACCUGGGGAUAAAUGCAGGCCAGUCAACUGAUAGAAGUAGCACCCAGCCCUUUGGGAGCGCCCAGAAUUUAGGGGAACAGGGCUAUGUCCCAGCAAGUUCCAUCGAUAGCAGCUCUCAGCAGUUUUCAGCAAGCUCCUUGACGUCUUCCUCCACUUUGGUCGAGAUCCUCGAAGCAAUGAAGCACCCUACAACAGGGGUCCAGCUGCUCUCUGAACAGAAGGGACUUUCACCAUACUGCUUCAUCAGUGCUGAGGUGGUACACUGGCUGGUCAACAAUGUGGAAGGGAUACAGACCCAAGUCAUGGCGAUUGACAUCAUGCAGAAAAUGUUGGAGGAACAGCUGAUCACACAUGCCUCUGGGGAAGCCCUGCGAACCUUCAUUUAUGGAUUCUAUUUCUACAAGAUAGUCGUGGACAAGGAGCCAGACCGAGUGGGCAUGCAGCAGCCUGCCACAUGGCACACAGCAGCAGUGGAUGAUUUUACCACCUUCCAGCGGAAGUGGUUUGAGGUGGCAUUUGUAGCGGAAGAGCUCUUGCACUCAGAAAUCCCGGGAUUCCUCCUGCCUUGGCUGCCCAGCCGCCCGGCCUCUUAUGCAAGCAGGCACAGCUCCUUCAGCCGUAGUUUCGGGGGACGGAGCCAAGCAGCCGCACUAUUAGCGGCCACAGUCCCAGAGCAGCGGACAGUGACCCUGGAUGUCGAUGUGAACAACCGCACGGACCGGCUGGAGUGGUGUAGUUGUUAUUAUCAUGGCAACUUCUCUCUGAAUGCUGCCUUUGAGAUCAAACUUCACUGGAUGGCGGUGACUGCUGCUGUACUCUUUGAGAUGGUUCAAGGUUGGCAUCGGAAAGCCACGUCCUGCGGCUUCUUAUUGGUUCCAGUUUUGGAAGGUCCAUUUGCACUCCCCAGCUAUCUCUACGGCGACCCACUUAGAGCCCAGUUGUUCAUUCCGCUCAACAUCAGCUGCUUACUGAAGGAAGGCAGUGAACACCUCUUCGAUAGCUUUGAACCUGAAACUUACUGGGAUCGAAUGCAUCUCUUUCAGGAGGCCAUUGUUCACAGGUUUGGAUUUGUGCAGGAUAAAUACUCUGCUUCUGCUUUCAACUUUCCAUCAGAGAAUAAACCACAGUAUAUCCAUGUUACAGGGACCGUCUUCCUACAGCUACCCUACUCCAAGAGGAAAUUCUCCGGCCAGCAACGGCGACGGCGCAAUUCCACCAGCUCCACCAGCCAGAACAUGUUCUGUGAGGAGCGGGUGGGUUACAACUGGGCCUACAACACUAUGCUGACUAAAACCUGGCGCUCCAGCGCCACGGGGGAUGAGAAGUUUGCCGAUAGGCUGCUGAAGGACUUCACGGAGUUCUGCGUUAACCGAGACAACAGGCUGGUCGCCUUCUGGACCGGCUGUCUGGAGAAGAUGCAUGCCAGUGCCCCGUGAGGUCGAGCUACCAUCCUGGGAAAAAGGAAACCAAAAGCCGCACUCGCGCGGAACGGCCACGCUCUCAUUUCUGGGGGGAUUAUACUUGAAACCGGAGCAACGCGGUCGACUUUGCUAUUGAUAUUCAAUAGACUCCGGCCAGGCCGCUGCGACGCGGUGCCGGUUCGCUGCUGUCUUUAGCCAGACCACCUUAGGUCGUCUUGAUCCAACUAGGGGGGUUUUAAUCCGAAGAGAAGCACAUUUGAAGCAGCUGCCGCUCUUGCCGGAAUCCCAGCUGGAGCGAGCAGGCGUGAGGCUUGCAGAUUGUCAGUAGGAGUGUGUGCAGAGACAGGAGGGGGCUGGUGAUUUCUGUGUCCUUUGGGAGGGAGCAGCUGCUGUUACUGUUUUUUUUUUUUUGUCUCUACCAUCCUCGUGAUAUUUAGAGCAAAAUCUUUCUGCCUCCCUUCUCCAAGUGGGGUGGGCAGGUAUGUAAGAUAGAAUUUUGUGAAAUAAUGUAUUAUAUGCGUAUAUUUGUACAUACCUGUAAAUAUCCAAAAUAAAUGUAAAGCAUUAA